CCUUUGUGUGUAUUUUACCUCAAUAAACUUAUUUCAAUUUAAAUUUCCAUAUAGUUGGUCCUCAAGGCGCCAUUUUCUGUGGUGAGAGGCACGAGGAGUACCGUAAAGAAAGCGACCCAUACUUGUUAUCGUGGCCUCUUGUUCCGCAACCUUCUUCUUCCUCGGAGAUUUUAUGGAGAAGCCAACUGCCAGUAGACAAAACGUUAAAAACCUGCAGCUUGUCAGAUAUUCAGAAAAAAGACUGAAUUUGGAUAUUUUUAAAAUAAAUUAACAAUCAAGGACUUUUAAGAACAGAGAUGAGAAUUAAAGCUGAAGUAGAACCUUUAAGGGUGUUACAUGUUGCAUUUUGAAGAGCAAGUGUAAGAAAUUUAGAUCUUGGUCAGUCGAUUAAAAAGCCUUCAUGGUGCGGAAGCUCCUUAAGAUUUGUUUAAACAACAAUACAGUACUUAUUAUAAUAAAUAGUAUAGUACUAUAAAAGAUGAACACAUUACCGGUACAUGUAUAGUUGAUGAGUCGCAGCUUUAUCUUAAAUUGCAACAACCUCUUGCCCCCUUAAAGUACAUGGUGAGCAACUCAGAAGUCAAGCCACCCAUAAAAAGGAUGGCUAGAUCCAAAAAAAAAAUAAACUGUAAUGACUGUAGUGAGAUUUUCAGCAGAAAAACCGAUCUUCUACAACAUAAGAGAGAGGAACAUUCUGUAAGAAGGCAAAAUGUUUGCCACCUGUGUAAUAGGGCAUUUGGAUCAGAGAAGCGUCUUAAGAUGCACUCACAUUUCCACAACGUGGGAGGGGAGUAUGAAUGCUUUUAUUGUUACAAACAAUUUAAUAAAGCAUGGAAAAUGAAGAUUCAUUUGGUUAACCACAGUGGCCGUGCAUCGUACAUAUGUCAGUAUUGUGGUGAUGAUUUUCUGUAUCCUGGAAAAAUUAUAAAUCAUUUAAAACGAGCACACGAUGUCUGGUACGCGUGUAAGGAUUGCGGACAAGCAUAUCCUGGCAAUCUGAACAUUCAUAAGUAUAAGUGUAAAAUAUAUGGAUGUAAAGACUGCACACUGUCAUUUGCUAGUUGCAGUGAACUGGCCACACACGUAAAAGUUCACAUAAAUAAUGAUGAGCAACCAAUGGCUUUAUUGUCUACAACAUCUAGUAUUUUGCCUCUUACAGAUGAUUCUCAGUUAGGGAAACUCAAAGAUGAAUCACAGUUAGAUGAACCCAAUAGCGAUUCACAGUUAGAUGAACCCAAUAAUGAUUCACAGUUAGAUGAACCCAAUAACGAUUCACAAUUAGAUGGACUCAAAACUGAAUCACAAUUAGAUGAACCCAAUGAUGGUUCACAGUUGAAUAAACCCAUAAAUGAUUCUCAGUUAAAUGAGCCCAAUGACGAUUCAAAAUUAGAUGGACUCAAAGCUGAAUCACAGUUAGAUGAACCCAAAGAUGGUUCACAGUUAGAUGAACCCAAAGACUUGCAGUCUCCACAUUCUGAAAGGAAAGUUGUUAAAUUUUAUGACUGUGGUUCAUUUAAACGGCCUUUGACCAGAUCGCAAACUAAUAAAUGUCUUAAUGUUAAAUCUUCUAUUGAAUUACAAGCUAACAAAGACACAGAAAAUGAUGCACCACAAGACCUUGUAAUAGAUGAGAACGUUUCUGAUAUUCCUAUAUUGAAAAAUUUCAAGGAUAAAAUUUCAAAUAAAAUUAAAGAAGUGAUUGCAGAUAAUACAGUUGAUAAGAUUGCAAAUAAAACUGAUGAUAAAAUUGUAGAUAAAGCUGGUGAUAAGAUUGCAAAUAAAGCUGAUGAUAAAAUUGGUGAUAAAAUAGCAAAUAGAAGUGAUGUGAGCAUUAUAAAAGAGUCUGAGUUACAUUUGAGAAAGAUUCCACAUCCAGUCAGUACUUCAGUAAAUGAUAAUUGCAAAGAAGUUGAUCAGUUGUCAUUUUCACCAGUUUUCUUAAAAUCAAUAAGUGAGGGUUCAUGGAGUGACUUUAAAGUUCCAGAAACAACCGUAAAUAAGAGAAAGAGAUGUGAAAAUCCUUUUAAAAAAUUGAUAUGGAGGAGACAUGAAGAAAUACACAAGUUGGCAGGAAAGAGGGAGCAGUUGUCGAACAAAAUCCAGUUGUGUUUUGAUAGUAAUGCUAAACUCAAACAAAGAAAUAAUGUCUCAUUUGAAUCAUGGUUGGUAAAUGAUGCUCUGUCCAGCAGUGAUCGUGAUUUUGUGUUUGGCAUUGAGGCCAGUGGAAGUGAAGGUGGUCAUCAGCAAGGAAACCAGCAUCAUUGUUUUAAUAAUAAACUUAUUAAAAAGGAAAAAGCUGAUAUGACAUUUGAGGACCUUUGUUUGUUUUAGUUUUAAACUGCACUAACAAUAUUUAAGUUAAACUUAAUGUGAUGCAACUAUUGCAUGCAAACUUUUAUAUUAUUGUUAAAUAGAUCCGAUUACGAUAUGAGGUAAUUGGUUAUUAUUGCCGGCUCGAGCAGAUAUUACCAUCGGUAAUUUUCUGUUUAGUUGUUGUUAAUAUAUUUCUUUGCGGAAGAUUUUGAGUUACAGUAUUUGACAUGUAAAUGAGAGGAUUCCUGAAAUAGUUAAAUGUUUAUGUUGAGUACUGUUGUUGGUUUCCUUCGUAAUAAUUGUACUGAAGCCAACGGUGUUGUUGCUAAAAGAUUUGCUGGAGUAUUGAUGAUCUAUGUCAUUAAUUUAAAUAGGCAUGUGUGCUUUGCUUGGAAUGUUUCAGUAAUUAUGACUAUAGAAGAAAUUCAAUUACCCUAAGCCACAUUCUGAAACUGAUAACCAGAUUGUUCACAAAUAUGUACACAAGUGUUAUAAUCAUUUGUGUUUGUGUGUGUAUAAGGGUGUGUUAGUUACAAUCUUUGUCUCACUUCAUUAGUGAGAUGUUUUAGUAAGAAUUAUUGAAAGAGGUGUACAUAGUAAUAUGUUACAAGUUUGCAUGGACACGCAAAAUUGCAGAGCUUAUUAUCAAGUAGACAACAGUUUUGAUUAUUGCAGCAUCAAAAUUGUUUGCAGUUCUUUUCCAGAAAAACACUGUACAGUAUAGCCUUAUUUUAGUACCUGGAUUACGCGUCAGACUAAGCAUAAUCUCAUUUUUCAGACUUCCUGACUCAAGCUGUGUAUAUAGAGCCUACACACUAAUAUAAUAUUACUGUAAUGUCUUUGUCCUUAGAUUCAUGAACUUGUUGAGCACAUCUACAAUGUUAUCUUGAUGUAAUUGAUAGCAUCUCUGGUAGCAUUGUCAAUUUAUUAUGUUCUUUGACUCUAUUGUAUAGUACUUUUUCUUGACAUUUAAGUUAAAUGUUUAAUAUUAGUGACUAUCUUGAAGUGAAUCUACUAUGUAUAGUAAUAAUUAAUGUCUUUCAUAUCUGUUAAUCUUCAUUGCUGACAAAAGCAAGUUUCUAAGGCUUGUAAUUGACAAUGUUACAGAUUGUGUUAAUCUAUAUUUAUUAUUUAAGUCAUAUAUGGAGGCAUUUAACCAGUAUUCUAGUCUAUAAUGUUGAAGAUACAUGACUAAUAACAUCGCUAUUAGGCCAUCUUUUGGUGUAUGGGAUACUGCUGCUAAAAUUGUCAUAUUUUCUGUUUAGUUGUCAUUAAUGUAUUUCUUUGCGGAACAUUUUGAGUUAUUUGACGUGUAAAUGAGAGGAUUCCUGAAAUAGUUAAAUGUUUAUGUUGAGUACUGGUGUUGGUUUCCUUCAUAAUAAUUGUACUGAAACCAACUGUAUAUUGUUAACAGUGUCACAUUGUCCACACAGUUAGUGACAUUAAUGAGACCUUUGGUGUAAAUUCACAUUGUUAUAAAUAUUUAGAGUAAAUGCAAAGAAAAUUUUGUUUGUAUACUAUAAUGUUGGUUCUCAUCUCCUUGAGUAAGUUGAAGAAUGCUGUAACAUGAACUGUAUAGCAAAAGGAGUAAAGAACUAUAAGUCCAUUAGUAGUGUACUAGUUAUGUAAAUAGUGCACUUAAAGAGAGGCCACAAUGAAUCAGAUGGCAGUUAACACAAUUAUGUUCUCAUCCAUUAUUCAGAACCUUGCUACAAUGGCUUUAAAGUAAUGAUGUAAUGUUAGCAUUGCAGGGUAGUAAUUAAUUGAAUGUGCUUACUGCAGGUCUUUGAAAGAGCCUUGUUUUGUAAAAGAUCUGCAGUUACAUGCUAUAAGGCUUGCCAGGCUUGAGAGGUAAAUAUUAUCUUUGAGAGUGGGGUGGUGUUUGUGUGUUUUAGGUGAAUGCACAUACGAGAGCUUUAAUAAGCAUACAAACUCAAAAAACAUGUUUAUUUCAACCAAGAUUAAGCUUACAUCCUUCAUGUUAUCUCUGUAAAAAUUCAUACAGAUUACAGUCUGAUUGAAUUUUUUUCUGGAAGGAACCCUUUUUUUCGCUCCUUGAAGCUAUCUUGCUGAAAUGGCUUCUCAUUACAUGGUCACAUCAGUCGCAGGAGUCCUGUUAGGCCUACCGAGGACCAGAGCCUGAACCUGUCCGCCUCCGCCUCACAGAGGUGCAGUGAGCUGGGGAUAUAUUUUCAUCACCCACACCAGGAAAGCAUCAGAAAGUCACCUAAGCUUUACAGACAACUUCAAGGUUCAUAAAAAAUAAAACACCAAAAUGGUCAAAUGACUCCAUAGAACUAUUCAGGCAAACACAAGCCAUCCACUAACUAGCGUAAGCCCAUUAGUACAGAUAGCCACCACCGGGCGACCCGGAACCCCGGUCCACAACUGACUCCAAGGCCAGUCUUUUCGCUGAUGUUCUGGUGUAAACAUCAUGUAGUGGGGACUUCCUGGGUCUUCAUCAGUUGCACAAGUCCCACUGCUUCUUAAGCUAAGUGCCGACCAUUCUUUGAACUUUGUUAUGUCUGGGCCAUUUGCUUGUGUUUUCACACUUUAGCAUUAGUAUUUGCUUCAAGUGCAUGUAUUCUUUCCGGCUUGAUUGAGUGAACUUUGUACAUUUUAUGCUUCAAGCUGUUUGAGCUCAAGAUUCCCUUCCCUGGGUGCUCAUUUAGCACUGUCCCUGCACUGUCAGAGUUACUUCUCUGGUGUGUUUGGGAGUUUGCCUCUUCAAGGCCUGACCACUGGGGUGUGUAUGAGUACAGUAUUGACUCUUCUGCUUAGGCCUUAGACUAGGAGCAUUCUGGUUGGUUGUAAGUGGAGUGCACAAGGAUUCACACACGCUUCAUUUAUAUGGCAAACCGCAGAUGCCUUUCGUAGCUGCGUUGUUCACAGACUACGUUUAGUGUCUGUUCUUUUGGCAAGCAUCCUCAACCCGUUGAGGCCACACUCACUACACGUGAGCUUGUUAGGUGCUCAUCAGUCAGUUCGCUGGCUGGUGAUCAUUCUCUCUGCCUCCACCAUGCCUGCUGGGUCAGUGACAUCUACAAUCUGGGGUUGUAUGUCGUAAGCGCAUGUGGCAUCACCAUUCUCUCGCCAUCCUUCUUGUUACCAAGCUUGCCAGCCAGCUGCCACUUCACAGGUGGGUUUAUCUGUGUAUGUUAUUUCAUGGCUUUGUGUUCAGUUGGAUGCCCGGAGUUGGCCCCUGGGUUGUUUCAAGGUGUAGAUGUGCUCUACCCACUGUGCUCUGUCCCCACUGCCUCCCCUCUGAUUGUGCUUUGUUCUGCUUUCUUUUUUUCCCUGCUUCUGGCUCUUGUUGUUCUGUGGUUUCAGAGUCAAGGUAGGGUUUGCUUGGGGUUUUGUCUGGCUUUCUCUUGAAGGAUGGUCUCAUCCAAUUUAACAGUGGAGGGAGUUUAGCUGUCUCUUCUCGUCGGGGAUGUAGAGCUAUUCCUUCACGACCACUUUCACAGUGGUUUGUAGUUAGUGGAUUACUUGCCUUUGCCUGAAAACUUUGUGGAGUCAGUUGGCCAUUUUUGUGCUUUACUUUCUAUGAACCUUGUAAGUGUCUGUAAAGCUUCGCUGACAUUCUGGAUGCUUUCCCAUUGUGGGUGAGGAUAAUACAUCACAAGUUUUCUGCACCUCAGAUGGGGCCUGGUUUAAGCUCUGAUCCCUAUAGGCUUAACAGGACUCCUCCAACUGAUGUGACCCAGUAGUGGGGAGCCAUCUCGGUGAGAUAGCUUGAGGGAGCCAUCAGGGUUCUACCAGAAAGAAGUAUUUCAUUACAUUCAAUGCUGAUUUUUUUUUUUUUUUUUAGGUGCAAAAUAGUGAAAAUUCAUGCAGUUAAAUAUUUGUGGAAGAUGUAUUCAGGGUGAUUGUUAAAGUUGGUGCCCUAUUACCAAAUGCAUACUAGAGAGUUUUGUGAAGUAAAAUUUUUUAGGAGUACUGUAUCUAAAUUACUCCAAACAUAUAUUCAUUUCCUUAUAAAAUUUUAAGUUUUAGAAUAAUCAUAAAUUUUGCUCUCCCACUGGUCCUUUGAGUCAGAUGUCCCUCGAUAAUCUGUUCAGGGAGUCUUCUCCUUUUGACAUCACUCGUCUCAGGUCUGCCCUCAUAUUGGCAUCGUGAAUGAUAUGUAAGUUCCUUUGAAUAUUUUGUGACACACAUGGUGCUAUACAGUACAGUAUAGUCUUCUGGGCUGGUCAUCAUCUUUUGAUAAUUACUUACUUUUGAUAAUUGCCUAACAUCAGACCAGGGCAGAACCCAUGCCAAAGAUUCAGGGAAAGUUGUGAGGAUGUGCAGGUUUGGUAAAAAGGUGGUAGAAGAAUGGAAUAUGUUGGCAAACAAUAUCAUAGAGGCAGAUGGUAUAGAUGGUGUAUUUUAUGUAGUCUUUAUAUAAAAUAAGCUUGUUGGGAAGAGGAGAGUGGUUGGAUCUGGAUGGGCAUCACCCUGAAUGAGCUAACAGGUCUACUUUGGUAAUGCCUGCUAUUUAUGUUCUUAUAUCCCUACUCACUACAGUAGCUUUUAUCUACAUUUAGAUACAUGUACAUUGAUUUUAAGAAAUAUAUUCAUCUAUGAAUACCCAAUCUUUCAUGUACUUGUUGUAAAAUGUAAUUAAUAUCUAACUUUUUUCUGUAUAAUUUGUAUAUAGUAUUUGAGCUGGCUAAUGUGUGUUGCAUUAAUGGAUUUAAAGUUUAGGUACUGUAUAUGAAAUGAGGUAAAUCAGAUGCAUAAUCUUGUCUUGUGAAAAAGCUCCAUGUCUGAUACUGCCUGUCUGGUUGCAGCUAUUUUAAAUGACUGAUCGUUUGGCAUGCAGCUGAUGUUCUACCCCAGAACCUUUUCUUCUACUGUCUGGCCCCAUUUUUAUGUUCACUACUUGGUUUCUGACGUGAGAAAUGUUGGCCUCCCCUGCUGAGGCACCAUUGAGAGUUAGCUUGGGGAGCUACUAAACUGCCCAUCCUAAAAAUCAAGCAUUUGGGUACGGGUGACUCAUGAGUGAGGGUUUAAAUGGCGGGGAUUCAGAGUGACUCGGGUUUCCACCUGUCAGAAGUCAGGCAAAACAUUGUGGAAGUGUUUACAUCACAGCAAUAAUUGUUUGUCUAAUUAGCUAUGAAUACCUAAUUUUCUUUGAGCAAUUGCUUGUUUUGUUUUACCAAUACUUUCUGAUUGGGUUGAUCUCUGAUCCUGAAGCCCCCCCUCCCCACCUCACCUUGUAGAGAGAGAAAGCCAGAUUCCAGUCCUAGCUGCCAGCUAGCAGAGGUGAGCCUCAGAGGCCUUUUGCUUUGACAUACAGUAUUGUAACUAAAAACAAAAAUCUUUCACAGUUCAGAUUAGAGGUAUUCUAAUAUGACAACUUUUUCACUAGCUGUGAGGUAUUUUCCCAAAUUGUCCAACUAAGUUGAAGCUUCCUUCACAAUAUGGUGUGCCUUUCUGUGCAGGCAUACCAUGUCAGUGCUCAGUGACCUACGUGUUCAAGUGAUGCUGUACAAUUAUUUAUUUCAAUGCAUACUUUGAUAUAUUUCUGUAGUGACUUGCUUACCUCAUACAUCUUUAUAACUUUUUUUUCAGUUUUCUAAUUUGAUAAGGUGGACUGCAUAAAGAGGUCAUGUGCUGCUUACUUAUCCAAAAUACCCUCUAACAAUGAUAGUACAUACAGUAUACUGUAACGACUUAUGUGUUAUACGUACAAAAUACAGUAUGAACUGUGGUGCCCCCAAAAUAAUGUUUGUAUUACUGUACUGUAUUGGGUUUGUAGAGAGCUCAAGACAUAAUAUCUUCUAGGCCCUGUAGUGUCCAAACAUGUACUACAUGCAACGUAAGAUUGCAUAUAUUAGGUACAGUGCCGCCUCGAUUAACGAGUUUAAUCUGUUCCGACACCGAGCUCGUUAUGUGGAAAACUCGUCUUGCGAAACAACAGCAAAACUGUCAUCGGAGGUGUCCGAGAACCAGCGGGAAUGCUCGUUUAUCGAGCGAAAGCUCGUCAGUUGAGACAUAUUUUCUGCGAGUGGCUUGCUCGUUACUCGAAAUGCUCUUAACUGGAGCCGCUCGUCACUCGAGGUUCCACUGUAUAAUAUUACGAGUGUUACACCUCGGAUUGCUUAUGUUAUGUCUAGGAGAGGUUACGUUAGGGUGUUGCCCUUUUUAUUUACCUCUAAUAUAUCAAAAGUAAAGUACCCGUAAUACAGUAGUAAAAUUUGAUACCUAUAUAUACAGUCCUCCAGAUACAGUACAGUACGGGGUACUAUCAUUUUUGGAGGAUGAUUAAACUUGUCAGUGCCUGGUUAGCCUAGCUUUACAAUCAUGUAUAUUAGAGUGAUGAAAAUUCUCUCAUGCAAACUACUUAUACUGUACAGUGCUAUUUUUAAAUUUAGCUUUAAUCCAAACAUUUCCAUUUCAUUGGAAAACAAUAUUUUGAUUUUGACUUGUGGUUUCCCAGUGUGAAUGGCAGAAAGUCUGUUAGGUUUAUCAUGGUCCUCCUUGGUAAAUGACUGAACUUCCCCAAGAUUCAAACCACAACAGUUGCCUAACUCCCAGAUACUGUAUCUACUUAUUGCUGGUUAAACAAAGGCAUCAGGCAUAAGGAAGCGUGCCCAUAUGUCUUGUCCUGUCCAGGUAACGAAACCAGGUUCAGUCGUACAUGAGCCAAAUAUGCUAACCACUCCACGGCAGCUCACCCCCUUUCAUUUCCUGAAGCCUGACCAAUAUUAUACUCUGGACAGUUUUCUCUGUGAAAUGCGAGAACCUUACCAUUUCUGUGGGAAGCCCCUUGGCUCUCUGGAGCUAUCCGG